AUGGUGAAGCGUGGAAAAGGCAAGCUGCGUACAGCACUUGCAAACCACAAUGCCCGCGCCAAGCAGCGGGCCUACGAAAAACAAAAAGAGGAGAUGGAGCAGAAACAGAUGAAACGUAAAUUGGCGCAACCUCCGCGGCCACAAAAAAGUGUUAGGCCCUUUGAAAAAGAUGACACGAUCCUUCUGGUAGGCGAAGGCAAUUUCUCGUUCACACUUGCUCUUCUCUCAGAGCCGCAUAAUCACCCACCACACCAGAUUCUUGCUACCAGUUUUGACACCGAAGAAGAAGUGUGCCAAAAAUAUCCAGAUGCCACCGACAUUCUGCAACAAAUUCGGGCAAGGGCAGGUACGCAUGCUCAGCAUAUACUGGCCUUUGGUGUGGAUGCAGGUGCCUUGCACAAGUGCGAUGCUGUAACUGGCUCUUCCAAGCAUGAGCAACGCCGGUGGAGUAAGGUAUGGUUCGGUUUUCCUCAUGUCGGUGCUGGUCACAAAGAUGAGCAGCGUAAUGUACUGGCCAAUCAAUUUCUUCUCCUUCGUUUUUUGAUAUCUGUCGCGCCCUAUCUUACGGACGGUCGCCCUCCUGUGUAUGUGACUGGGAAGAAACAUCGGCACAUGGACAGUGAUGAGGACGAGAGCGAUGAAGAAGACGCGAUGGCGCAGGGACCUCCUGCUUCUAUGACGCCGUCCGAUUCGCUGACCACAUGGCGGCCUCUCACACCGCCGGCACGCCAAGGGUCCGUGCUUAUUACGAUUCGCAAUGCAUCGCCCUAUACCUUGUGGAAUGUGCCUGCUCUUGGCAAACAUAUCAGGUCAAUGCUUCCUGCUAUCUCUGCGACGGCACCGUCUUUGCCGAAGGGGAUGUUCAUUCCAUCGUUGGCCGAUGUCGAUAAAAAUCAUGCGGACUACCAAGUUUGGCGCAGUUUUGAGUUUGUGCCGCAGGAAUGGCCCGGGCAUCAGUACAUCGCACAAUGA